AUGCGUUUCUCCCUCCUCGCCGCCGCCGCCGCCACCCUCCUCGGGCUCACCACCGCCCAAAGCGGCACCGCUACCUCCUCCGCCGCCGCCCCCUCCGGCUCCGUGAAAGCACAUGUAGUGAUGGCCAGCAACAUCAACGGGUCCCUCACCUUCUCCCCCGAGACCAUAACCGCCGCCGUCGGCGAGCUUGUGCAGUUCCACUUCUACCCAAGGAACCACAGUCUUGCGCAGUCGACGUUCGACAACCCAUGCCAGCCCAUGCCGCAGACCAAUGGAACCGCCGGCUUCUGGUCGGGCUUCAUGCCCGUUACUUCUGAGAGCACCACUAUGCCGGUGUUCUCGGUGGUGGUGAAGGAUACGGCGCCAAUGUGGUUCUACUGCGCGACGGGAAAGCACUGUCAGGCCGGGAUGGCCGGCGUGAUCAACCCGCCCGCAAACCCGGCGAGGACGAUCGAGGCGUACAAAGCUGCUGCUGCGCUGGUUGCCCAGGCCGGUGUUCCUAACACUGCUGGUGGUACCGGAGGAAGCACUACUGGUGGAUCCACGCCCACUACGGGUGAUGGUGCGUCCCCUACUAAUGGCUCGGCCAGUGCCUCGGGCACCGGUGCUAAUGCGGCGAAUGGGCUCGUGGUGUCGUAUUGGUACUCGGCGAUGGGUAUGGCGGUGGGUGCGUUGGUGGUUGCGGUGGCUUUCUAG